UCCAAGUUCGGAAAAGUGAAAAAAAAAGUAAAAUCAAGUUUCGUAGGAUUGCAGUGCGAGUACAUAUUUUCGUCAAAAAUUGUGAUUUAAUUAUUGGAAAUUUGCAUACUACAUUAUAAAAAACAUAUUUUUAUAUAAUGGGGGACGGACAAAGUGAAACUAAACCAUUACUUAGAGAUGAGGAGGUAAAUGUCAGCACAAUAUCUCCAAUUGGACCUGACGAGCUUCCUCCGCCGUACCAACAAGCGGGAAUGCCGAUGGUAACAUGUCGCGUGUGCCAGGCUAUGAUCGACAUAUCAGGGAAGAGAGAGCAGCAUGUUGUCAAAUGUUCAGAAUGCAAUGAAGCCACGCCUAUUAGGAAUGCUCCACCAGGCAAGAAAUAUGUGCGCUGUCCUUGCAACUGCUUGUUAAUUUGCAAGUCAUCGUCACAGCGCAUUGCAUGCCCCCGUGCCGACUGCAAGAGGAUCAUCAACUUGGCACCAUCUCCUGUGACUCCUCCUGUCGCUACCUUGCCAGGAAUGUGCAGGGUUAUCUGUGCUCACUGUCAAGAUACGUUUCUGUACCAACUGCUGAAAGACGCUCCCGUGCGAUGUCCUCACUGCCGCAAGGUGUCGUCGGUGGGCGCGCGCGUGGCUCGCAAGCGUGGAGCCAUAUUCGCGGUGCUGUCGCUGGUAUUUCUCGCUAUCGCUCUCGGCGUCACGCUGGGCACGCUCUCUGCUGCUAAGAGCCACGGAGGCGGCAUAUAUGUGGCUUAUGUUGGCGGCUUCCUCCUUGCUCUAAUCCUGGGCAGUCGAGCUGUCUACUACUUUGCUAUGAAAGUGAGUACUAUUGAAGGCCCUAUGUAAGUCGCCAAGUCACUUUACUUUGUGAUAAAAUUUGUAUGACUAGAAAGUAUAUAAUAUAGAAAAUUCUCAAUUCCAUAUAGCAUUGUUAUAAGAGCUUGGUAUGCCAAGUAUAUUUAAAACAUCUCAAUUUAGAGCAGAGUUUGUUCUAAUUGAUGAUUUGCUAAUGUUGAUAUUAUGUUAAAUGUACCUAAAAUAAUCUUGAAAAUUGUAUAAUGAAAUCGAAUAAAGUAUAGGUAGGUUAUGCUCUAUUCUUGUAACAGUGGACAAUGUCUUUGUAUAUACAUAUAUCAUUUAAUCUUAUCAGGGACAUAUUUGACAAACAGUGUUGUAUCUGGGAUUCUAUGUCAACUCUUCCUCAUUACUUCCCAAAUACUUGGGUGAUAUUGCUGCAAUAAAUGAACGUUAUAUGCUAUGGAAUCUCAAAGUUCAUUGUUUCAGACCUGACAGGUAUGAGCAGUUCUUUUGACUAUUGUCUGUAACAUUGCUCUUCAAUGUAUGGCAAUCAUUUUAAAUAUCCACAGUCAUGAGAUUAUACUAAUUUUUAUUUAGUUUAUAUUCAAAAUUUAUAAAGGGUAUUAUUUAUACAGGGUGAUAAUAAUUCGCCUUCUAGGUAUAUUAUUUUGCAGAUUUUUUAUAAUUGAUAUGAUCGCAAUUUUCAGCUAACAAUUCACAUACAUGUAGCAAAUUGUAAAUAUUGUAUUUAUUCUAAAACAUUCGACUUAUAAUAGACUUUACAAAUAUGUCAGUAUUUACAUGUUCUAAUAGGUAAUCAAUCACAAUAUAGCUGAAAUACUGCAGGUAACGCCUUGACUGUUUAUGUAACAUAGUUCAAGACUUGGGUCUGUAGUUAAUUUGUCACAAUAAUAAGUUAAAAUAUUCUCUAACUUUACACUAAAUUAUUGUCUUUGUAUAAAAUUAAAUGCAAGUAAAUGGUGUACCUAACGUAAAGGUCAUGAGUCAAAUAAACUCGUUUACGAUAUUUCCAUAUGUACUCAUAUAAAUGAGAAAAGAUUUAGAAUCGUUAAUGACUCAAGGCUCUUUGUACGACGUUAAAAGUGUGUCAUAUAAACUGAAUAAAUAUUAUACUGUUGCCUACCUUAUAAUAUUGUAGACUGACUUCAUUAAUAUAUAAAUUAAUAAUUCUAAAUACUAAAUAGAUAUCGAGUAUGUAUUGUCGUCACUCAUUCAUUAUUCCUUACUGUCAUUCAUUUAUGAUGACACAAGCCUAAAUCUACCUGAGUAGUUCGUGGAUCUCUACGAUCUCAUUCCAAAGACAAGAAGCACGAACAUAUUGGGGUCAGUAAAGGCAAAAUAAUAAAAAAAAUUAACAAUCUUCAAAAAUUGGUGCUGAAUUGUAUGAGUGGCGGGAUUAAAAGCCUUACAUUUGCUACAGCACUCCUCUUGUUUAUACAUGAUGUACAGUGCCGGAUUAGCCAUGUAGCAGGAGGCUGCGGGCAGCUCGGUGCCGCCCGGCAGGCUCGCCCUACCCUAACGCUGCUACUGUGUACAAAUCUACAAAGUAUCAUGAAAAGGACAUUGUUCAAGAACUUCACGAAAAGAUUUUCGUAGACGUUCUGGAUUAUUAACAUCCUAAAUUUCAAUAGGCAAUGUAACUCAAGGGGCCUAUGUUCACAUUUGCGACGCGCGCCAAUGGCUUAAUCCGGCACUGAUAAAGUGUGCUUCAAAUGGAAAUGAAAGUAAAUAAAGAUUGUAGCGUAAGUGAUUACAACGACUAUUCUAUUCUUUGUUCUUAUUUCAAGAUGUUACAAUAAUAUAACCACCUUCACCACACAAUCAAAUUAAAAAACUACGAUCUUGUAUUGAUUCAUCAGGCGUGGCUAAUACUGGGCAGUACGGAAUACAUCAACAAUUAUUGUACCUACUGUUUUGCUUACUCGUUUGACAAGUUCGUGAAUUUAAGGGCAAAAAAUUUAGAUACCAACUUAACAAGUUAGCUACGCUUGUAUAUUGCUUGAAUUGAAUGGUGAUAUGUGUGUGGUAACGUGUUUAUAUUUUUGGGUAAAUUAAUAAACUAUAACGUUAAUUCAACGCGAUGAACAGGAAAGUCGGGUAAUCGUUUACAAAGUGUAAUAGACUAUAUGACGUGCACAAGUAUCUGUACCUAUUGUUUAAACUUUUGCAUUCUAUUCUUUGUUUUGUUAUAAUAUUUUAUUUAAACGUAUAUUAUAUGGAAGGUAGUGUGGGCUAGCAGUCAAUGUUUGUGUUAUUAUUAAUAAUAUAUUGUAUAGACUAACUAUAAUAAUGGAACAUUACGUGAAUUAAGUCCUAGAUUAUUUGCUUUUCAGUAAAUAAAAUUAAUAGUACCACCAUAUAUUAAUACCAUAUAUAAUUGAUUAUUAAUUAUUUCAUGAAAUGUUAGUGCUUUACACAUGUAUUUGUAGUUAUAAGUCAAAUAAAUUGUACCAAUCGACAUCUCA